AUGCAACUCUACGAAACACACCUCCAAGAAAGUAAAAUGUCUCCUCUAGUCUUGUACUUCAUAGCCUUGGCCAUCUUCUUGUAUCUCUGCUUCCUCAACCUCCGCACCUCCCACCGUCUACCGCCAGGCCCCAAGCCAUGGCCUCUUGUUGGAAACUUACCACACUUGGGCCCCAAGCCUCACCACUCCAUGGCAGCCUUGGCUCAGAAAUAUGGACCUCUCAUGCACCUUCGGAUGGGACUUGUCGAUGUUGUUGUGGCUGCCUCAGCCUCCGUCGCUGCCCAGUUCUUGAAGGCUCAUGAUGCUAAUUUCUCCAGCCGGCCACCUAAUUCCGGUGCGAAAUAUGUUGCUUAUAAUUACCAAGACCUUGUGUUUGCACCCUAUGGUCCUCGGUGGCGCAUGCUUAGGAAGAUCAGCUCUGUCCAUCUCUUCUCCGGCAAGGCCUUGGAUGAUUUUAGACAUGUUAGACAGGAAGAAGUGGCAGCGCUCACUAGAGCACUGGCGAGAGCGAGCCCAACAGAAGCAGUAAACUUGGGACAACUGCUUAACGUAUGCACCACCAAUACCAUUGGACGAGUGAUGCUAGGCAGAAGAGUGGUCGGUGACGGUAGCGGUGGUCGUGAUCAAAAGGCAGUCGACUUCCAAUCGAUGGUUAGGGAGCUGAUGGUGUUGUCGGGAGUUUUCAAUAUCAGUGACUUUGUUCCAGCAUUGGAGUGGCUGGACUUACAAGGGGUGGCAGCCAAAAUGAAGAAGCUCCAUCGCAGAUUUGAUGCUUUCUUGACAGAGAUUGUGGAGGACCACAAGAUUAAUGGUUUUAAUGGUGCUGAAAUGCACAACAUGUUGAGCACGUUAAUUUCGUUGAAAGAAGAAGGUGAUAGUGAUGGUCUGAAACCUACUGAUACUGAAAUCAAAGCGUUACUUUUGAACAUGUUUACAGCAGGCACCGAUACGUCUGCCAGCACAGUGGAAUGGGCUAUUGCUGAACUCAUUCGGCACCCACGUGUCCUGGCCAAAGUCCAACAAGAGCUCGACUCGGUUAUCGGCCGAGAACGUCUCGUUACCGAAUCUGACCUAGCCCAACUCACCUAUCUCCAAGCAAUAGUCAAAGAAACUUUCCGGCUUCACCCAGCAACGCCAUUAUCUCUUCCACGGAUUGCAGCCAAUAGUUGUGAAAUAAACGGCUACCACAUUCCCAAGAACUCAACUCUUUUGGUGAACAUCUGGGCGAUAGCCCGAGAUCCAACUAUAUGGGCCGACCCACUAAAGUUUAAGCCCGAAAGAUUUCUGGCCGGAGGAGAAAAUGCAGGUGUUGACGUGAAGGGAAAUGAUUUUGAGCUUAUAACGUUUGGUGCAGGACGUAGAAUAUGUGCAGGAAUAAGCAUGGCUUUGCGCAUGGUUCAUCUGUUGGUGGGAACUCUAGUGCAUGCAUUUGAAUGGGAUUUGGCAGAUGGGUUGAAGCCUGCAGAUUUGAACAUGGAAGAAGCUUAUGGACUAACCUUACAACGUUCUCAGCCCUUGACGGUGCACCCAAAUCCUAGGUUGUCCUCGGAUGCUUACGGUGCUUAGUUUCUAUUUAUUUUUCAUUUGUUGUCAAUUUAAAAUAUAAAAUAUAGGAUGAGAUCAAUAGAUAGAUCUUAUCUGAUGCAUCUUGGAUCCAUGAUAGAUGGAUUGAAAGCUCAAUAAAUUGAGGUGUUUAAUAAAUUCAAUUUAAUAUAUACUAUCA